UCCUCAAACUGAAACGUGUUGACAGUAGUUGCAGAGUGUGGACAGGACACAGCCCCCCAGUCACAUGACGCUGACCACUGUCCCACUGCUAUAAAUGCACUUCGGUAUACUUUAGUAGCUCCUUUUCAUUUCCACGCCAAAGCUGCUUGACUGUGCGUGCGUGUAGUGGUCUCGUCCACGAAGCUACGAAGACGUAGCUUGGACUUUCUUCCUCAAAGUCAUGGCAGACCAGGCUUUUGUGACAUUAGCUACCAAUGACAACUAUGCAAUGGGAGCCAUGGUUCUGGGCCAGUCCCUGCGCAGACACAAAACCUCCAAAAAGUUGGCAGCCCUCAUUGGGCCACAUGUGUCAGAACCCUGCCAGUCCGUGCUGAGGAGGAUCUUCGAUGAAGUUCGGCUGGUCGACUUGUUGGACAGCAAAGAUGCGGCCCAUCUGGCCUUGAUGCAGAGGCCCGAUUUGGGUGUCACCUUUACCAAACUCCACUGCUGGACACUCACGCAUUAUUCAAAGUGUGUCUUCAUGGACGCAGACACUCUGGUGCUUUCGAAUAUAGAUGAGCUCUUUGACAGAGAAGAACUGUCAGCUGCCCCCGAUCCUGGCUGGCCAGACUGCUUCAACUCUGGUGUGUUUGUUUUUCGCCCGUCUGUGGAGACUUAUGACAAACUGCUUCAGUACUGCACGGAACACGGCAGCUUUGACGGGGGAGACCAGGGAGUUCUUAACGGCUUUUUCAGCAAUUGGGCCACAGCUGACAUUUCCAAACACCUCCCGUUCAUCUACAACCUCAGCAGCAUCGCAAUUUAUACGUAUCUACCGGCAUUCAAGCGCUAUGGCAGCAACGCCAAGGUGGUCCACUUCCUGGGGAAGACCAAACCUUGGAGCCAAGGAUUGGACGCAAAAACAAAAGAGCAGUCCUCCGGGAGCACGCACCCCUCCUUCCUCCUAGACUGGUGGGCUGUGUACUCCACAAGCGUGGUGCCUAUGCUAAAAGAGCAAUACGGAGACCAGGCCUUCCACUCAGAAUGUGUCGAGCAGGCCGCGGAGGGCCUUGCAUCUGCAGCCGCUGCACUCCACCUGUCACCUCCACCGCUGCAACCGCAGCCGUCUUCUGAAGAGCGCAAGCAGAAAUGGGAGCAAGGCCAGGCGGACUAUAUGGGGACAGAUUCCUUUGACAAUAUCAAGAGGAAGCUUGAUACUUUCCUUAAAUGAGGAGUGAAGGGAUGCACUUAAACUGCCACAAGUCAUACAUGUGUAUCUCAAUAUGUUAGAAUGUGGGGGAAGAAUUCCAUUUUUUCAAUAGUUUGAUUAAAGAAGUGAACCUUGUUUUACAGUACUGUACUAUAAUUUUAUGGAAAGUGAUUUGAGUAAUUUUUUGUUUACUGUAAAUCUAAACAGCAUAUUAUGAAAUAGCUCGCCGUGUGUAGUGAAUCCACACUAAACAGGUUUCACUUUGUAAAUUGAACUACAUGAACUUUUAUUCCAUAUUCUAAUUCAUUGAGAUGCACCUUUAUAUCACCCAUUUGCUUACUCUCCAAAGAUCGCAGAGUUAAAUAACGACUGCUAUAAUUAUUGUGUUCUGCUUGCCACAUGCUGCCAUAGGCUGUUGGAUCAAAAGUUGAAGAAAGCCUUUCUACAUUUUGUACACAAAAUAUAGUAUUUACCUGUACAUUAUUUGAUUUUUGCAUUUUUAUUUAAAAGAAAAAACAAUCAUCUGAGAAUUUUCACAAGUUCUUAAGAACUAAACGGAUCAAGUGUUUACUUCUGGAAGCUUCGUAAGCAUAAGCAUACAAUUCUGUAUACUUCAACGUUUUGACCAGGAUGUGUGAUAAUAACUUUCAUCCGGAAAUAAUAUGUUUGAAAAAAUGAAAUUGGCUUAAGUGUGUUUAUUUCAACAUUAUGCCAUUUGGUUAGCUGUUCAAAUGUUUGUAUAACACCAGAUAUACACUAUCAUUUCACUUGUUAUUACUGUGUUUACAUACUAUUAAAGGCAGAUCAUCUGUG